AAGAGAUCAGAUAUACCCUUUACCUGGCAUACCCCAAUGGUAACAUCUUGCAAAACUAUUGUAGUACAAUGUUGUCACUACAUUAUUGACAUUGAUACAGUCAAAAUACAAACAUUUCCAUCACCACAAGGAUCCCCCAUGCUGACCUUUUGUGGCCACAUCCACCUUCCUGCCCAUACCACUUAACCUCUGGCAACUACUAAGCUGUUCUCUAUUUGUAUAAACUAUCAUUUAAAAAAUGUUAAGUGAAUAGACUCAUACAGUACGCAACCUUUGGGGACUGGCUUUUUAAACUUAACCUGAUUCUCUGGAGAUUAAUCCAGGUUGCUGUAGAUAGCAAUAGUUGAUUCCUUUUUAUUGCUGAGUAGUAUUUUAUGGUGUGGAAGUGCCACAGUUUAUUUAACCAUUCACCCAUUGCAGGAUAUCUGAGUUAUUUCCAAUUUUUGGCUAUUAUACAUAAAAUUGCUAGGAACACUACUGUAUACAUUUCUGUGUGACUGUAAGUUAUUAUUUAUCUGUGAUAAAUGCUCAGGGGCACAAUUGCUGAGCUAUUUGAUAGUUGCAUGUUGUGUUUUCAAUGAAACUGCCAAGCUGUUUUCAAGAGUUGCUCAUCACUUUGUAUUUUCAUCAGCAACGUAUGAAUGAUCCAGUUUCUCUACAUCCUGGUCAGCGUUUGGUGUUGUCAUCAUUUUCUAUUUUAGCCAUUCUGAAAGGAGAAUUUAAGGCAAAGAUACUGUUCAAACACCGAGAAUCACUGACUUGGCCUCCAUCUUACAAAAUGAGGAUCGGCCUCACUGGAGUCUCACUAGAAAGCAGAGAAUCCCUGGGAUAACAAGCAAGACAGAUGCAUGGUACAGCUGGGAUGAAGUGCUGCAACAAUGGGCCAGGAAGGCAUGACAUGCACAAAUGAUGACAGGCACCACACUUAGCAUCUUGGAAAAUGAAUAUUCACUUGAAGACAUCGUGGAGGCACUUUGCAGAAGAGAACCAAAAGUGGUGUUGAAAUGCUAACAGAUCCCAAAGCCUAACAGCUGAGAUCUUGCAAGCAGUGGCCCUACAGGUUCCCCUAAUAUAGGGUCCUAAUGGUUCAUCCUACUUCCUUUCAGCAUGUAGGAGAAUACUAACCCUGCACAGAUUGUGAUGGUGAUGUGGAAUAUACUAAAGCCCAGAACGCACCUCCUCUGGGCAAGCAGAAGAGAACCAGUAAAGGACUAAGAAGGAACAGCAGUAAGGAAAGAAAAACUAGGAGAGUAUGAUGUUCCAGAAACCAAGAGAAGACGCUUAACAAAGGCAGGAGUUACAUGUGCAGGCUUGUUACCAUGACUAAUAUGUCCUGAACAAGACAUGAAGGCACAGACAGUACUGUCUUUUUUCCUCAUUCUCAUAACAUCUCUGAGUGGAUCUCAAGGCAUAUUCCCUUUGGCUUUCUUCACUUAUGUUCCUAUGAAUGAACAAAUCAUCAUUGGAAGACUUGAUGAAGAUAUAAUUCUCCCUUCUUCAUUUGAGAGGGGAUCUGAAGUCGUAAUACACUGGAAGUAUCAAGAUAGCUACAAGGUUCACAGUUACUACAAAGGCAGUGACCAUUUGAAAAGCCAAGAUCCCAGAUAUGCAAACAGGACAUCACUUUUCUAUAAUGAGAUUCAAAAUGGGAAUGCAUCUCUAUUUUUCAGAAGAGUAAGCCUUCUGGACGAAGGAAUUUACACCUGCUAUGUAGGAACAGCAAUUCAAGUGAUUACAAACAAAGUGGUGCUAAAGGUGGGAGUUUUUCUCACACCCAUGAUGAAGUAUGAAAAGAGGAACACAAACAGCUUCUUAAUAUGCAGCGUGUUAAGUGUUUAUCCUCGUCCAAUUAUCAUGUGGAAAAUGGACAACACACCUAUCUCUGAAAACAAUAUGGAAGAAACAGGGUCUUUGGAUCCUUUUUCUAUUAACAGCACACUGAAUAUUACAGGAUCAAAUUCAUCUUAUGAAUGUACAAUUGAAAAUUCACUGCUGAAGCAAACGUGGACAGGGCACUGGACAAUGAAAGAUGGCCUUCGUAAAAUGCAAAGUGAACACAUUUCACUCUCAUGUCAACCUGUAAAUGAUUAUUUUUCACCAAACCAAGACUUCAAAGUUACUUGGUCCAGAAUGAAAAGUGGGAUGUUCUCUAUCCUGGCUUACUAUCUGAGCUCCUCACAAAAUAUAAUUAUCAAUGAAUCCCGAUUCUCAUGGAACAAAGAGCUGAUAAACCAGAGUGACUUCUCUAUGAAUUUGAUGGAUCUUAAUCUUUCAGAUAGUGGGGAAUAUUUAUGCAAUAUUUCUACCGAUGAAUAUACUUUACUUACCAUCCACACAGUGCACGUAGAACCGAGCCAAGAAACAGCUUCCCAUAACAAAGGCUUAUGGAUUUUGGUGCCCUCUGUGAUUUUGGCAGCUUUUCUGCUGAUUUGGACAAUAAAAUGUUGCAGAGAAAGACAUGGUGUCCCUCCCUACUGAUGAGAGCCCUCACCAUGCACCUGAUAAUGCUGAAGAAAACGUGCCUCUUUCAGGAAGAGUACAGGAAAUGAGAAAAGACUGUGACAACUCAUGACCUGCAUCCUUAAUAUCCAGUGACUUCAUCUCCCCUUUCUUCACCACAAUUCCAGGCAAUGGCCUGUCGGACCAGACAAUUCUACCACUGCAAAGACUUGUAACCAUUUUCUAGUAUCACAUUUACUUUUCAAGACAUAAGGAUCAUUCACUGACCCACUACCUGCAUUGAGUAUAAAUGCCUGGAUGUUAAGGAUUCCAAUUUAACUUCGGAAAGAACUGCCUCAUUCAUUUACUUUCCUGUUACAGUCAGCCCAGGAGAUUACAGUGAGCUCUCCACUAAGAAUCUGGAAGAAACGCAUCACUAGGGGUUGAUUCCCAAUAUGAUCAACUGAUAAUGGGUGAGACAGCAGGUAAGAGCAGAAGUCACCUUAGUGGAAAGGUUAAAAACCAGAGCCUGGAAACAAAGAUGAUUGAUUUGACAAGGUAUUUUAGUCUAGUUUUAUAUGAAUGAUUAUAUCAGGGUAACCAACUCGAUUUGGGAUGAAUCUUAGGGACACCAAAGACUGACUGUCAGUAUCUUUAAGAUUGCUAGGGAAAAGGGCCCUAUGAACAUAAGAAUCUCUGAAGUUAGGUUACACUUGACCACACGAGGCUUGCAUAGUUGAGUGACUAGCCAUGAAGAUAAUUCGAACCCUUCUGGCUCAAUUGGCAUAUUACUAAUCAAUCUUCUAAUAAAUUUAGAUUUUCGUAUAAAUUUUUAAGCAAGAGAAGGGAGAGCUCAGCUAACUUAAUCUGUUUCCCUUAAUUUUAGUCACCAAUUUACAUAAAAGAAACAGUCUAAUGUUAAUGCUUGUGAACUUGUCACUAUAACCAGGCUUUUGUGUGACUUAGUCGAUCAAGCUUUUGACUCUAUAAGAGAAAGCAAAUUCUGACUUGUGGUGUAACUGCCACCUGGUCCAAUUUUAUCACCUGACCUCAGUUUCGCAAUCCUAUCCUUGUAUGUAGUUAACUCUGCUUUUGCUACAAUGUUAUGAUGGGUUAUCACAAAUAGCAAAGUAUUGAGAAUUCCCAUCAGAAUGAUAAUUAUUAAAAAGUCAAACAAUAGAUGCUGGCAAGGCUGUGGAGAAACAGGAAUGCCUUUACGCUGUUGGUGGGAAUGUAAAUUAGUUCAAUUAUUGUGGAAGACUGGCAAUUCCGCAAGGAUCUAGAAACAGAAAUACCAUUUGAACCAGCAAUCCCAUUACUGGGUAUAUACCCAAAGGAUUAUAAAUCAUUCUACUAUAAAGACACAUGCACACAUGUUUGUUGCACUAUUUACAAUAGUAAAGACAUGGAACCAACCCCAAAACCCAUCAAUGGUAGACUGGAUAAAGAAAAUGUGAUACAAACACCAUGGAAUACUAUGCAGCCAUGAAAAGGAAUGAGAUCAUGUCUUUUGCAUGGACAUGGAUGAAGCUGGAAGCCAUCAUCAUCAGCAAACUAACACAGGAACAGAAAACCAAACCACAUGUUCUCACUCAUAAGUGGGAGCCGAACAAUAAGAACACAUGGACACAGGGAGGGGAAAAACACACACCAGGGCCUGUUGGGGGGUGGGAGGCGGGGGAGGGAACCUAGAGGACAGUUCAAUAGGUACAGCAAACCACCAUGGCACACAUAUACCUAUGUAACAAACCAGAAUGUUCUGCACAUGUAUCCCAGAACUUAAAUUUUUUAAAAAAAAAUAUAACUUAGAUAUCUUUUAAAAAAAUUCCAUUGUGAAGAAAAACUCCAUUGAGAUAAUAUUUAAGUGUCUACCAUCUCUGCUUCCCCCUAGCCUUGGUUCCUUUUUAAAAAUUGUGUCCUACUGAGAGAAUAUGAUACUUAAUUACAAAACUGGAUGCAUACCCAAGCUGAAGUUUGACUUUACUGAGUAUAUGCUUGGGGUGUGGUGAAACAAUAGCAUCCUGACUUCAGGAUUGGUAAUAUGACAACAGCAAAUUUCUAAGAAAAGGUUUGGGAUAUAGAGAUGUUUCCUGAAUAUAAACAUUGGCUUAUUAAAGGAUAAUUCCAAACUUACUUUUUACUGAAGUUUUAAAAAAUUACUAUUCCAGGAAAAAAAAAAAAAAAACCCUAGAAAAGUUCCAUGUUAAAUGUUUCAUUUUUUCUCAUUGGGUUGAGACCGAUGGUAAGAAGGAGCGACUGCUUUGGAUACAGCCUGACACACAUACCUGCUAGUUCACUCUGGCUGUGCAUCCCUCUCUGCCAACCACAAAACUCAAACUUGGUUCACCUUGCUCAAAAUGGUACCUUGAUUUUUCAAGAUCAUCCACUUUGAUCUGUCUGAGCCAACCCUGGCAAUUGCAGUCCUCUUGCCACUAGACUGGUUCAGCAUAAGCAGGUAAACAAAUCUGCUCACUAGGAUAUGAGGAAAAUUAUUCCAGAGGUCUGUUUCUGGGAAGGUGUUUCUCCAUUUUAAGAAGAGACAGGUUAUUGUAUGGGGAGAAAAUGCUCAGGACUGCUGACGUCCUCUUACAGCGACAAGAGAUUCAGACAAGAAUG